UCAGCUGUGGUCAGAUAAUGGAAAAUAAGAAACAAUGCCGCAGCUCUGCAGUGAGGCAGCAGAGGUGGAACAGACCAGGAGUGUGCGGUUUGGACAACUCCGGCAACUCUUGCUACUUAAACGCUGUGUUACAGUGUCUGUGUUCCACUGUGCCCUUCGUAGAGCACCUCCUCAAUCAGGACACUCGCAAAGAGCUGGUAAGGUCUAAGUGCCGGGUGGCUGAGGUGUUUGUGCGUCUACUGGAGGAGAUGUGGAUGGGAAGGAGCUCCAGCUGUGCUCCUGUGGAGGCCAGGUCUGUGCUGUGCUCCAUCCUCCCCCAGUUCGACAAUGACUCCCAGCAAGACGCCCAGGAACUGCUGCUCUUUCUCCUCAAUGCACUCCACGACGACCUCAUAAGGGUUGCAAAGCGCCAGAAGUGCUCCUCAAUGCGACAGCAGAGACGAGCACAGAAUAGAAACUGUGCCACUGCAGCGGUGGAGUCCACCAUUGUCACCCACAUGUUUGAGGGCCAGCUGAGCUACAUGACUCUAUGCAUGCACUGCGACCACCAGGCACACAGCACACAGACCUUCACUGUACUGUCACUACCAAUUCCAACAGAUAUCAUUAAGUGCUCCAUUCAGGAUUGCCUGUCACUGUUCUUCGAGCAGACUACCCUGUCAGGAGGCGAGCAGAUGCUGUGUUCAGUAUGUGGGCUGAGGAGAGAAACAGCAGUCCUUACUUGUAUGGACAAACCUCCCGAAAUCCUCAUGUUGCACCUGAAACGGUUUGGUUGCAAGGGGAAGAAUCAAGUGAAACUGAGGACUAAUGUUUUCUUCUCUGCGACACUCGAUCUCACCCCGUUUCUAUCCAGCUCGAUAGAGAAUACCUCAUAUUCCUCUUACUGCCUUUAUGCUGUUGUGAAUCAUAUAGGUAAUCUGAACAUGGGUCACUACACAGCUCUGUGCCAAAACACCCUGACCCAGACCUGGCACUGUUUUGACGACUCAGCGGUCAGAGAGGUAGAGGACAGCCUGGUGCAGUCUCCAAAUGCCUACAUGCUGCUCUACAGCCGCGAGCCUUUUCAAAAGCCAAAGAUUCAUGGACUAUGAGUUCUCUGACUAAAUCCAUGAGCGGACUGAGCUUCAACUUCCUUUUUGUUGUUUGGGUUUUAUCAAUUAUCUGCUCCUCAUUGGUGAACUUCCAGUCAGACAACAUCUCUGAUGCUUGUUUUUUUUUUAACCUUAUUCCAAAUAGAUUUAAAAAAGAUCAACUGUUGACUUUUGUGCCAUUAUUAUAGCCAACUGUUGUAAUGUUUGUACACCAUAUUGUCCUAUAACUUCACCAGAAAAGGGAUUAGAACAUGGUUUAUGUGGCACCACUAUAGCUUAUAGAUUCUGAAACAAUCACAGGCACAAACACUAAUUUGAAGCAGUUUUAAUAAAUAGUCAUGAGUAGUUUGAGGUUAA